AGGAGAAACAAGUCGAUUACUACAAUGGCACCCCACAGACUGAUGAUAGCGUUCUGCUUCUGUGUAAUAGCAGCGGGCGCGAACUCCGCAUCAAUCCACACACAGGAUGAGCACAUAGUUGUUGCGAGUGAACAACAUAAAGUUCGCAGGAGCAUCGAUACUAGUACAGACAGACCCUAUGAUCCCAUCAAAUUGACUGAAAUGCGCGUGCGCUCAGAAGUAGCUUUGCGUUACGCACGGACAUCUGUGAUCACUCACGUGAUAAAUCCUGAUAUGCGGCCGCAAGAGGCCUCGUUCCACAUGCUGCUUCCAGACACCGCUUUCAUUAGUGGGUUUACAAUGAUUACUGAUGGAAAAUCAUACAAAGCGUAUGUUAAAGAAAAGCAAGAAGCUAAACAAAUGUAUACCCAAGCUGUAUCACAGGGCAGUGGUGCAGCUCACAUUGCAACAAAAGCUCGCGACUCCAAUCACUUCACGGUGUCAGUCAACGUGGAAGGCAACACUACAGCUGUCUUCGACUUGAGAUACGAAGAUUUCCUAGUCAGCCGCAACGGGUUGUACAGCCACAUAAUUAACCUGCACCCUGGCGCUCUUGUGCCAACAAUGGAGGUCGUAGUUCAUAUCAAAGAAUCACAAAAGAUUACUAAACUACAUGUUCCCGAAGUCAGAACCGGAAAUGAAAUUGAAGCGAAACAAAAUGAUGCACAAAACUCUAAGGUUGUUAUUCAAAAUGGUACAAACGAAAAUGAAGUAACCAUCACAUUUACUCCUGACCUUGCAGAACAGAGAAGACUUGCAAAAAUAUACAGGGAUAAAAGCCAACUCGGUAGUAGCAGCACAGCGCUCGGACAGUUUGUGGUGGAGUACGACGUAGAGCGGUCUAAUAAUGGUGAAAUCUUAUUGAACGAUGGCUACUUUGUACAUUUCCUGGCACCUACUUCGCUACCGCCACUGAGCAAGCACGUUGUGUUUGUGUUGGACACCUCGUAUUCUAUGUACGGUGGAAAGAUCGAACAACUGCGCAAAGCCAUGGAUGUCAUACUCUCCGACCUUCAUCCAAACGACUAUUUCAACAUUGUCGAGUUCAACAGCGUUAUCAAGAUUUAUGAAUUGAAGGAUGAUGAAUCGCUUUAUACACAUACCAGCUCUGCUUCGGCGGUGCCACCAGCACCUGCCUCGGCGGCUAAUAUUGCCAAAGCGAAAGUUAUUGCGUCCAGACUGAAUAUUAGUGGAGCAACUAACAUUAACGACGCAUUGGAAGCGGCUUUGAGUCUUGUAAAAAAGAGCGUUGAACAGAAAAACGAAAAGAUUGAUACUGAAAACGAUAAUGAACCAGCUGAAAUAAAAAUACAAAUGGAGCCCAUAAUUAUCUUUUUGACGGACGGCGAGCCCAACGUGGGUCAAAGUGACCCCAACCAAAUUAUCUCGCAUAUAACCAAAAUGAACUCUGGAGAAAUAAGAGCAGCCUUGUACUCGCUCGCUUUUGGUGACAACGCGGACCGUACCUUCCUCCGCAAACUCUCUCUCCGCAAUGAAGGCUUCAUGCGGCACAUCUACAUGGCAGCUGAUGCGGCGCUGCAGUUACAGGACUUCUACCGCCAGGUGUCCUCGCCACUUCUUGCUAACGUCAAGUUCCAGUACCCAAAGAAUCAGGUAAAAGAAGAGUCUGUGAGCCUUCAUAACUUCCGUACUAUUAACGCGGGCUCGGAGGUGGCCGUAGUGGGGCAGCUCGCGGAUGACGUCACCGAGAUAACGCCACGAAUCGUUGGCUUCUCAGGCAUUGAAAACGAAGUGGGCUGGAAUCGGUAUGAAGUAGCUCCGGAAGUGGUCGUAAAUAGUACCAAGGACGAGCAUAUGCCUCUCGAGCGGUUGUGGGCGUACCUCACCAUCAAGCAGCUUUUGGACAAGCGCGCCGCUGACGGCGACCACAGCACUGAUGAAAACAGUCCCGAGAAGAAGGCUCUGGCUAUAGCGCUUAAGUACUCGUUCGUGACCCCUCUGACGUCACUGGUAGUAGUAAAGCCGAAUGAAACUUACUCUGUUGAUGUCGAACCAGCUGAAGCUACAUCCACACCAGCGUGGGUAUCUCCAUCGCAGAGCGCUGCGCCACCGGUCUGGAGUGCACCCGCCGACUGGGGAUACGGAGCCAACAGACGUGGAGGCUGGUUCCAGAGAAAUUUAAUUGGUAACGGACAACACAACCGCAAUACGGUCUACUACGGCGGUUCUGACAAUGAUGACUACGGUAUUUCGUCUCUAUUGUACGCGUACCCUCCAAAAUACACGAACUCAUUUCGGUUCAAUCCCGCUCGGAGAAUCACGGCCUAUCGACCAUUUACCUCCGUGCCCGCUACUAUUACUACUACGAGCACUAGUACACAAACUCCAACUACAGCCUCAAAUGUAAACUACCACUUAGAAGGCUUUGAAUGGACAUCUUCGAUGCUCAACAGCAGCACUGGCGCACUUACAGUGCUCGGAGAAAAUGGUACACAAGUCAUCCUUCAGUUGGCGACGGAUGUUGACCCGCCAAAAGCAGAUGCUGGAGAUAAGGAGUGUUCGAAGAGCACGUUCGCAGUGGGGGCGAAUGAGAACGUAGGCAGAGUCUGUGUGUAUCUCACGCGGUGCUACGCUGCCCGGACCAUCACUUCUGAUGACUAUCAGAAGAGCUACUGCAUUGUCAACAACAGGUAUGCUGGUGUCUGCUGCCCAAGAGACGAUGUUGAUAGAAAACCUUAGUAACAGUAUUUGAAUUAAUUACUGUUAAUUCUCAUAUAUAUUAAGGUAUACCUGUUGAGUACUUUUAGAUGUUUAAGUUUUAUGAAUUA